GGCAUUCGGCCCCUCGUUCUCCCUUCACACCCACUCCAUUAAACUCGCACUCGCACGCCCUCUCCAUACCUUUAUUGCAUUAGUCAGAAAGUAGAGCUUUCUGUUUCGAUAUCCCCCGACCUUUCCCUCUAACUUUAAUCGUUAGACCUAGCAAGGGAUAGAUAACAAGCGAGAAAAAUACUAAAGCAGGACCAGGGAUCCCAAGGCUAGGAAGGACAAUCUGAAGAGAAGGGGAAAAAGCGAGCCAAAGAGAAAACACAGAGACCCAAACACACAGCUACCCCCCCCCCCCCACUAGGGCGAUAGAAAGCAGACAAACUGAGAGAGAGAAGAGAAAGAAAAGAGGGAAGGAGGAACAAACUCGCCACAAACCUAACGACCUUGCAUUAUUAAUAACAUUUAUCAAACUACAGUGCCCGCCCGCGUCUGCUCUGCUCUAAUCUUUUCUUCUUUCUCCCCUUGAGUCCGCCUUUUGACUCGUCUCCGUGCCGUCAAACCCCGCGCAAAGUUCUUCCUUCGCCGAUAUAUGUACACUAGCAUACGUAUUCUGCAGUAAUCAAACAUCUCUUGCCACAGCCCGAUCGGAGGGAGGGCAAAUCCACCAAACUGCCCAAACCUUGACACGAACGCUUUCAACAAGUGGCCAGUCAAGCUUCGACAGAGAUCGAAGAAAAGUGGGGAGGAAAAGGGGAAAUGGAACCCAGCGAUAUGAAAUCUCCGUCAUCCACACACUCGAAUCCGGCGCCACCAAUUUUUUUCGGUAAUGCCAAUGGUGGAACGACCAUACCGGCCACCAUGUUUAAUCCGGGACAAGCAUCACCCGACGAUGGAGCCGGCGAUCCGAAACGCAGGAGAAUAGCCAGGGCCUGCGAUAUGUGCCGCAAGAAGAAGAUUAAAUGUGACGGAAAGCUCCCGGCAUGUACCCAUUGCAUGAAUUACAAGACUGAAUGUGUCUUUACGCUUGUGGAGAAGAAAAGGAAUCCCCCGAAAGGCGCAAAAUAUAUCGAAGGUUUGGAAAAUCGACUCGGUCGAAUGGAGUCCCUCCUUAAGCUCUCCGGUUUGUUGCCUGAGGGAGAUGGCAAAACAGAUUUAGGAGAUUUAGAACGUCGUUUACAGGAUCAGGCACAGCAACCAGGUGGUGCUGGGUCGGUAAAGACGCCAUCUAAUAUUGGCAGAUCAUCGUCAGAGUCGAUGCGGGAAACUCCAAGUUCGUCAGCUUUGCAAUCUGCUGUGAAUUCGCCGGGACUGCAUAAGGAGGAAGAUGAGGUUGAAGCCUUGUCCGAUCAAAUGUGUUCUCUCGUUACAAACAACUGUGGCGAAACUAGGUUUAUUGGUUCAUCGUCUGGAUUUUCAAUAUUUUCACCCAAAGGAAUCCAGUGGGUCAAUGAGAAAACGGGUGACAAGAGCUUUCAACAUAUGGUCAUGGAAGCGACAUCCUCGGAAUCAAAAUGGGGGAUGUGGAAACCUGACAUCUUCGGUCCCUUGUUUGAACAACGUGGAACAAACCCACUUCCAUCACGAGAACUAGCUGCUAUCCUUGUACAGGAUUUCUUCCAAAACUUUAAUACAAUGUUCCCGCUCUUCCAUAGGCCGACAUUUGAACAUUUGUUUGAGAAGCAGUAUUCGGAUGACCCCCCGAACCACUCGGGUUGGUAUGGUGCCUUCAACAUGCUUCUCGCGAUCUCAUUCCGGUUACGGAUCACACAUGCGACAGAACCUGAUGCGGAGCAUUCCAUAUCGCACGUGCAAAAAUCGUGGCUUUACUUCCAGAAUGCCGCGACAGUUCUCACUGAAUUAUUGCUGAAAAAUACCGAUUUGCUAAGCAUCCAAGCAAUCCUAGGAAUGGCUUUGUACUUGCAGGGGACGGCCAACCCUCAGCCAUCAUAUUUUCUUAUUGCUGCUGCAGUCAGGAUAUCGAAUAGCAUUGGUAUGCAUAGGCGUGGUAAUUCCUUCGGCCUGAAUCAGGUUGAGGUUGAGCAGAGACGAAGAGUAUUCUGGAUUAUGUAUCUUUUGGACAAGGAUAUGGCACUCCGGUCCGGGCGUCCACCGUGCAUCAAUGAUGACGACAUUAGUGUUGAGCUUCCUGAUGAAGACCCCACAGACGGUGUUGGGAAUGUUCCACUAAGGGUUGGAAAGGGAAAGGUCAACUUAUUCAGGCUUAUGUCCUCUUUUGCUGUGAUUGAGAGCAAGGUUUACAUGCAAUUAUACUCUGCUAAAGCCGCCAAGCAGUCAGACGGGGAGUUACUGAAUACGAUUGGAGAUCUUGAUAAAGAGCUUGAAGAAUGGAAGGAAACAGUACCAGCAGAUUAUCGGCCGGAGAAUGAGAUUUCUAUGGACGACGGACCUUUGGUCCUGCAUCUCGUGAUGUUGCACUUUGCCUACUACAACUGUUUAACAACCAUUCACCGUAUGUCAAUACAUCACGGUUACUGGACCAGCAGACUAUCAAAUUACGCCAUCGCAGGAUUGAGCGCUAGGCCACUGAACCCUAGGGUAUUCUCGAGCGCGGCGCUCUGCGUGUCGGCAGCUAGGGCAUCAAUUCACCUGAUCAAGUACAUCAAUAAACAUGAUUAUCCAUGUAUAUGGUUGAUCAUGUACUAUCCAGUAUCUGCACUGGUGACGCUAUUCGCAAACGUCUUGCAGAAUCCUCAGGACCCACGCGCGCGCUCUGACCUUAGGCUUAUGAAUGUGGUAGUGGAGUUUCUGCAAACCGUGCAGAAAGAAGAUGAAAGUGAGAACGCGAAGCAGAAUACUUCAUCCAUACAGCGGAUGUUGGCUGUCUGCGGGGAGUUCCAUCGCAUAUCGCAGCUGGUCUUGGAUAAGGCGGAGAAGGAAUCCAUGACUCGGCGGAAACGAAAGAAUGACGAGUCAAAGCCGCCGAGCUCCGGUGCUCAGUACCCCGUGAGCUCGGCUAGGUCCGCCAGUUCGUCUGCGACAGCUGCGCCGAGCACUCCCCCCGCGAACGCCGCAUCGCCGCCCACCAGUAUUUUGAACCAGGAUAUGACCUCACAGCUGUAUGGCGAAUUCGGAACAACAUUCUCGCCUACCAACCCUAUGUCCUGGCUGAACGAUAUGGGUAACCCCAGCCCAGCCCAGAACUUCCCACUAUCACCAUCGCCCUCGCAUAACCCUUUGCCGCCGCUGAUAUCCUCCUCCUUUCAGCAACCCUUCGUACCACAGGACCUCUGGCAGAUGCCAAUGACCUUCGAGUGGGAUUGGGCAGAUGUCAGCAGCAUGGCAUGGACUGAACAAGGCCCUUCUGGGGUUUAGUUGAGGUUUUCAUAGCGUGUGGGGUUUUCGAUUCGAUCUGGAGUCUGGUCGGGAUAGGGCGGUCACUUUCUUUUCUUUUCUCUUUUUUCGCCUUUGUUAUAAUUGAUUGGGCAUUGGUGUUGGCGAGCGGCGAUCCUAUUGAAGUACCAAGUACAGCCCCGCCCGCAAUGCUCCCUUCCGGGCGCUGCGGGCCCUUGGAAAUGCUUCGCUAGCCCUCUCUUUCUAUUAUUCGGUAAGGAACGGAUUGUGGUAGAGGCUUACAGUGCCCCUAGAGGCAUAUCCGAAAACAGUUAUCUGGGGGGCUCCGGUUGUUAAUAAGUAUUGUUCUUGGGGUAUAGUGAAGGGUAUGAGAACUUUACGGACGCAGCUGCAUGCAUGUCUAACCAACCAACCAACUAGCUGACUUUUGCAUCUUUCUCUCUUUGUAUUUUUUUUUUUCCGGCAAGGAUCGUUGGCAGUCAGCACGGAUAAGGAUAUAGUCAUGGGAAAAAGGGAGGGUCUGGGUUUUUAUUUUCGUUAUUUGCAUACUUGCUUUCUUUUUGCUCUAUCGUUACAUUUCAGAUUGAUGUAUGGAUCCGGGUUUCUAGGCUAGCAACCAAAAAUAUUGCGGAGUUUGAAUUGGGAUUUUAUUGUUCCUCCCGUUUGCGUUUGGAGGAUUUAGUUUGGGGAGGAUGGAUUGAAGGAUGGAUUGGGGGUCAGCGGGGUAUAAUACUACAAUCAUCUCCACUCUA